AUGGCAAAGGCGGUGUGCACUCUUUACGGCGACGACGCCACCGUAUAUGGCUCAUUGGUGAUUACACAGGCACAUGAAGAUGCUAAAUGCGUUAUUACAGGAGAGCUAAAGAAACUAUCCCCCGGCAAGCACGCGCUGCAUGUUAAUGUGUUCGGCGACGUGUCGCAGCCCGCAGGUGCGGCCUUGGGUGGUGUUUUCAACCCAUUCGGCAAGAAUCAUGGCGCAUCUGAUGACGCAGAGCGUUGCGUGGGAUCACUUGGAAAUAUUGAAGUUGGUGAGAAUGGGAAUGUUCAAGUUCAUAUUGAGGACAAACUCGUGAAGCUUAUCGGUCCGCACUCCAUCAUUGGCCGCAGCAUUGUGGUGUACGAAGGUGAGGAUGACCUAGGAAAGGGAGGCCAUGAGCUGUCGCUACAGAAUGGAAACGCUGGUCUUAUCAAGGCGUUCGGCGUCGUAGGCAUCUCCUGCUAG